AUGUUCAGAGCUUGGUGCCCUCAGCAGUGGAAGAGACACAGUAGCAGCAGCUGCUGCAGCAGCAGUAACAGCAACAGCAGCAGCAGCAGCAGCGACGACGAGACACUUCUUCCGGUGUACGCGCAGUCCUACAUAGACAGUUUAGACGCCCGAGGGCGCGACGCCCUUUGGGCCCGCCUGGGACAGCAGCAGCAGCAGCAGCAGAAGCAGCAGCACCAGCAGCAGCAGCGUGGGGACUUGAGCCCCGACGCUGCUGCUGCUGCUGCUGCUGCGGACAAACUGCUGCUUCCAGUGCGUCCUGCACAUGUGCUGCCGCCGCUCUUCGGCUACUAUGGAUCGCCGGAGGAUUGCGAGCAGCAGCAGCAGCAGCAGCUGGUGGUGUCCCCCGUGCCUCCUGCUGCAGCAAACAGCCGCCCCGAAGAUGCAGCAAAACGCACAGGGAUCCCCUUGGCCUUAGAGUACAACAGGGAAGCAGGUUUGCUGCUGCCGCUGCGGGGACUGGAGCUGCUGCAGCAGGAGAUGCAGCGAGUUACUAUUGCUGCAGCAGCAGCAACACCCACGGCUACGGAGGCAGCAGCAGCAGCAGCAACGGCUGGAGCAACAGCAGCAGCAAACGCGGCAGCAGCAGCAACUCACAGCGGUCUAGGAACGCCGCAACAGCAACAGGCUAGCACUGAAGAUGCAGCAGCAGCGGCAAGACCAGCAGCAGCAGAAGCAGCAGCAACAUUGGCGGAAGCAGCAACAGCGGUGGCAGCGGAAACUCCAGCGGCAACAGCAGCAGCAGCAGAUGCAACAGCAGCAACCAUAGUAGCAGCAGCAGCAGAUGCAGAUGCUGAAGCUAAGAUGCUGGGAUAUGCGGAAAUGGACACAGACUGCGGCAAAGAUCAGCAGCAGCAGCAAGAGCAGAAGCAGGAAAUUGAUUCCAAAGAGGACUUGGAAGUGGAAAUAGACAAUGAGUUGGAGGAGCUGGAGACAGUUGAAAGCAAAGGACCUCAGCAGCAGCAGCAGCAGCAACCGCAGCAGCAGCAGCAGGAGCAGCAGGAGCAGCAGCAGGAGCAGCAGCAGCAGCAGCAGGAGCAACCGCCGACGCGGCAGCAGCAACAGGAGGAGCAGCAGGUCCAGCCGCAGGCGGAAAACCGGCAGCAGCAGCAGCAGACACAGCCGCAAGGCGCACAAGAGCCACAGCAGCAAGGGCAGCAGCAGCAGGAGGAGCUGCAGCAGCAGCAACAGGAGCUGCAGCAGCAGCAGCAGCAGCUGCAGCUGUGGCAGGAUACUGAGGGUGGCUGGAUGGAGACAGAAGCAGAAAACCUGACAUGGCGUUUAGUUCGCCUUGCGCAGGAAAAGAGGCACAUCCUCAAGGACCUUAUCUUGGCGGUCUCUUCAGAGCGGCGGCCGGCGCUGCAAGAAUGGGCACAAGCUGAGGACAAGAUGGUGCAGCUGUACAUUCGUCAGUCGGCGCUGCACGCGCUGGACACGCGGCACACGUACACGCUGGCGGAGCAGGCGUUGGACGUGCUGCAGCUGCGG